GUGAUCAAUCAUUGAUGGUCUGUGUUUGUGUUACAGUUCUAUGCAGCAACAGGGUCAGCCAGAUGACCAAGACCUACAAUGACAUAGAGGCGGUCACUAGGCUUCUUGAAGAGAAAGAAAAGGACAUCGAGCUCACAGCUCGCAUCGGCAAGGAGCUACUCGGCCACAACCAGAAGCUUGAGGCCAAUGUUUGCUUCGCUUGAGGGAGAGUUACGAAGUGCCAACGAGAAGAUAACGCAGCUCACACAUGAGCUCACCAAGAAGACUGAACUGAUCCAGAUCCUCACCAACGAUGUGGACGACUCGGGUUCCGAGCCAGGUACCCCAGCAGGCACUGUUAACUGGGAAGUGCUACAAAGACGCCUGCUGCGCCUGGAGGAGGAGAACAAGAGCCUGCGCAGUGAGGCGACGCAGCUGUCUCAGCAGACAGAAGAGUGCGAGGCUGCGGAGGCCGCGACUUGUGGCUGA